AUGGAGGCUCGAGACAAGCAAGUGCUUCGAUCGCUUCGCCUGGAUCUAGGUGCAGAGGUGUUGGUGGAGGGACUGGUUCUUCAGUAUCUUUACCAGGAGGGGAUCUUGACGGAAAACCAUGUUCAAGAAAUCAAAGCUCAAGCCACGGGCCUCCGGAAAACAAUGCUGCUUCUUGAUAUCCUACCUUCCAGGGGUCCUAAAGCAUUUGAUACAUUCCUAGAUUCUCUGCAGGAGUUUCCCUGGGUAAGGGAGAAGCUGGAGAAGGCGAGAGAAGAAGCUGUGAUUGAACCGCCUGCAGGUGAUGGGGUGCCUGGGAUCCCCCCCCACAUCCUCAACAGCUCCCCAUCGGACCGGCAGAUUAACCAGCUGGCGCAGAAGCUGGGCCCUGAAUGGGAGUCCAUGGUACUGUCCCUGGGACUGUCCCAGACAGACAUCUACCGCUGUAAGGCCAACCACCCCCACAACGUGCAGUCUCAGAUUGUGGAGGCCUUUGUCCGGUGGAGGCAGCGCUACGGGAAGCAGGCCACCUUCCGGAGCUUGCACCAAGGCCUUGAGGCUGUGGAGGGGGACCCCUCCGUACUUCAGCACAUGUUGAGGUGA